UGUGCCGGUCGUCAUCAUGGAUGACUAUCCCAUCCAGGGCCUGUUGGCCCUUUCUGUCCUAUUGGGCCCAAUAUUCCGGUUAAUGUUCCCGUUGGGAUUCGGACGCGUCUGUGCAUCCUGCAUGUUAUUGAAAUCCGGAACAGUAAAGCCUGGGCCCACACCUGCGGAGCAAGGAGAGAUUGACCGCAGGCUGGCAGAGAAAAAGAAGGAAAAGGAUGCCAAAAAGAAACAAAAAGAAGAGGAAGCAAAGAGAAAAAUGCAAGAGAAGAUGGAUAAGGAAUUGGAAGAAGAGUUGAAGAGUAUACGAGAAGAAGAAGAAGAAGAAGAAGAAGAAGAAGAAGAAGAAGAACAGGAAGAAGGAGAAGUCUUGCAAAGACGUCGUCAUCUUGAUAUACUGGAGAGUAGUAUAGCCAGCCGGCUUCCUGUUGAACCAUUAGAUUGGGCUGGACAGUACUACUACUCCAGCGAACCCUUAAAGGAGUCUGACGAAGAACGGGAUAGGUUCAUCGCAAAGUUGGCAAGUGUAACAGACACCGUCGAACGCAAUCUGAUGAUGGAAGAAAAGAGGGCCGAAUUGAAUAGCAGGUUGUUAGCAGCUAGACGCCAAGAGGUGGAAGAAAAUAAGAAACUGCAGGCGGAGAGGGAAAAAUUGCAGAAGGCUUUAGAAGCGCAAAAAGAUAAACCCUCUGCAACAGAAGAACAACUUGUUCUCCUCAGGGAGGUCGUCCUCAACACAAGGCAGGACAUGGCCUUGAUGCGUCAGACCCUACAAAGAGUAGAAACGCAUCGGGUUGAGUUCGAAAAUGUUUGGAACAACUUCUUGGAAAAGUCAGCCAAUGACGUUGAUCAGCAUGUACAAACAUACAUCCGGGCGUUGGAUGAACAUGUUACUAAGACAUUCACCCCGAAGGUCAUAGAAAAGAUAGAAAAGGGCGCUGGAGGCGGCGGAGGAGAUGGUGAUGACGAUGGCGAUGAUGAGAAGAAAGGGAAAAGAAGGGGGGAUCCAAAGGAAAAACUUCCUCAGGAAACCGGACAGGUUAACAAGAUAAAACUUAAACUGUCGUGGACCUAUAAUGGAAAGAAGGAGGAAAGUGUUCUGCAUUGGGCGGCUGCAAUCGAAACAUAUGUGUACGGACAACGUAUUCCAUACUGGGACCGGGUAUUGAUGGCAACUUCAUGCAUGGGAGGCGAUGCCAUGAGCUUCGCCAUCUCGCUGCAAAAAGAGGCGGGAUGCAGCUCCAUGGUAGAAUAUUCGCAACAAACGCGAAUCGAAGAUUUCCUCAAAGCCGUAAGAGAAAGAUUCAAGGACAAGAAUUUAGCAAGACCCACUGAGAUGUUAAUCCUUAGCCUUCCUGAUAGGAAAUGGAAGAGUACCUUUGCAUUGAAGGCAACUAUGGAUGAAUUAUUGCAAUGUGCCUGUACGUGGUUUAGAGCAGGCGUGAUCGUCCGUGCUCUAGUUCAUCGAGAGGAAACUCUAAAGCGUGAUCGUGUUCUUAUCUUGGAUGAUGAAAUGAAAGAAAUGAAAGAGUACUUUAGGAAGAAGACGAGGAAACGGAAAGCAGAUCUGGAGAGGAGAGAAAAGGAGGAGGAGGAGAAGAGGCGGAAAGAAGAGGAGAAUAGGAGAGAGCACGACAGGUUGAAAGAAGCCGAGGCACGGGAAGCUCGGAUGGAAGCGAGGCUAGUAAGACUUUUGGCGCAACACUCGAAGACGGUGGACAGAGGAGAAUCGUCAGUUAAGAAAAAGUCCCCCAAAACCAAGGCUAGGAUGCUCCGGGAGAUCAGGAGCUAUCUCGUUGAAUCGGAAGACGAUAGCGAAGAAGUUAAGGAGGAAGCGGGGAAAUUGAUCGAGGCGAUAGAGAGGCGAAAGGGAAAGAGAAAGGAAACUGUUGGAGGUGGGGUGGUAUCAAGGAACCUGCGAAAGGGUCAGCGAAGUGAUCCGGUGAUGGUGGAGGAAGAUGACGAAGUACGGACACCGCCUGCGGCCAGGAGAGGGGAAGGCCAGGAUGCUGCGAGCACGGACAUGUUGGAUUUUGCUAUCGAAAUGCACCGACAUCGACAUCUGUCGGAGAAAAAGGUGCCCGAGUUGAGGAAAUUGUGCAAUCGGGAGGGAAUUGAAUGGUCCAAGCGUGAUGUUGCGAUCGGUGAGUUGGUCAAGUGCAAAGCCAAGCUUGCGUACGGUGAAUGUCCAUGGGGGAAGAAAUGGAUUGGGAUUACUGCUACAGAGGAGAACGAUGCUUCGACUAAUGAUCCGGGGGUAUAUGCCGUUGUGAGCCCGUUCUGCCGCCACUUCUACAUUGGAGCUACCACAAGGAAGAUUAUCAUACGUUGGUCUGAUCACGUGAAAGGAGCGAUCAGAAAGGAGGCAGGAAAUGCCCCGAAGCUGCAUAACUGGUUGAAGAUCUUUGGGUGGGAGAAAUAUCUCGUGCUCCCUUUGAGCGUUAAAGGGAAAGUGGGAGGUUGUAUUCUGGAGACUGAGGGGAAGGUUAUUCCUCUUCGUGAGUGUAGGAAGAAGUUAGAAGAGGGGUGUAACUUUACGAUCAGGAGUAUUGAGGUAAUCUCAUCAAGCAUAACGAGGAGGAAGAACAUACUCCGGGAAUUGAUGCGCCGACCCGGGAAUAUUCGAAGCAUUUACAAGCUAGGAUCUGAAGAGAUCAUCAAUCUGUACAGGACUUCCGGCCUGUUUUGUGAGAAGAAGAUUCUCAAUCAUCUGAGAUAUGCGAUUUCGAAUGUUGCGAAAAGAAAGUAUGGAGUAGAAGUGCGCAGGAAGCCAUGCGUGAAAAUCCCGUUUUCACCAUUGAUUAGACUGGGUGAGGUGAGACGGUUGACAUCAAAUUUACUCGCUCAGAUUUUACCGGAUAAGUACAUUCGUGCCUUUGUAGGGAGACGGGUCAGAGUCGUGCUGAAGAAGAGUGUCACUGUGGGAGGUGUGAUCCACAAUCAUUGGUUGUACGCGGGAGAAAGUGAGGUUAUCUGCACAUGUCAUGAUCUGGACUUACCUAGGUUUGAGGGACACGUGAGAGUGAGGCUUGAGCACGUCCAUGGCAUUCCAGCGUUCGUGAUGAACUCGAAGAAUGUCACCAAGGGAGUGAGGAUUUCGCAUAAGAUGUUGGCAGGAUGCAUAUUGGAGGGAGUAAAGUCGUGGGCGAAGGGGAAGGCCCUGAAUAUCGACCAAGAAUCGAUCGGAAGAUGCUUUGAUAACAAGAGGGGCGAUGGCGUGUUGGCAAUGUCGACUGAAGAUGUCAAAGAGGUGAUGGCAGACUUCCAGAAUUUAGUGGCGGUUCCCGUAGAUAGGAACCCGGGCGCUACUCUGAUACUUUGCCCGUACUUGUACAUUACGACAUAUAAGGAAAUCUUCAACCUGAGUGCGAGCUUUGUUGAGGUCUUUCGAAAUGAGACUGAUGUCUUGGCUGAGAUGAAGAGAGAGUAUGAAGAAAAAGGGCUGCGGAGAGUAGCUAGGUGGCAGACUUCCGGGAAGGUGGGACACACAUAUGUCCUUCCGAAGGAUAAGGAUCUUCAAAGAUGGCGGCCCAUUUCGCCAUGCACGCAUGACCCGGCUAGGUUAGCAGGGUCUAGGGCGGGGAAGGCUAUUAGAUAUAUGUUGUUUGGGUUGGACCGGAGGUGCCACUUUGAUUUAAAAUCAAUGGACGAAUGGAGAGAAGUCUGCGGUUGGGUGGAGUCGAAGUUGGGAGCGAAAGCCGACGCAGUGUACGGUAGAAGCUAUGACGUUAAAGAGAUGGUUUCCCGACUAUCUCAUCAAAGCAUACUGGAGGCAGUCACGUGGUUGAUUGAUUGUCACAAGGAGAGAGGAAUGAUCGGAGUAAAGGUAUGCGCGAGGGGGAAGGUAUGUGCGAUGACAAGGAGAGCGAGGAAGGAAGAAGGAUUUGUUUUCAUGGGCUUUGAAGACAUCCGAGCUAUCGUCGAAUUCGAGUUGAACCAUACUUUCGUGAAGUGCACCGGGGGAAUGCUCAAACAAAUAUUCGGCAUUCCGAUGGGGCGGAACUCGAGUCCUGCCAUCGCGUGCCUGGUGUGUGCUUGUGCUGAAGCCAAGUUUGUGCGAUCACUGGGUAAAAGAGUCGGGUUGGUAAUGGGCUUACGCAUGAUUGAUGACGUGGCCAUCUUUGCGGUCUUCAGAUCUGACAAUGAACGAUCGGCCCGGAAUGCGGAGAUGAUGAUGGCGAAGUUUGAAAGCUGUUAUGAUCGAGAGCUGGCUCUUGUCAGGAAAGAUGAGGGAAAGAAUGCCUUUGAUUUCCUAGGCACCAGGAUAUUCGUGCAGAUUCAACCGCUGAAGAUCGCCGUACAUCCGAGAACCAGGAAUCAACUUUCACUCGCAGAGAAUGGGGCACUAACUACCCAGUCGCUACAGGAUUAUACCUCGUUCUCAAAGAAGUCAUGUAAAAGAGCUACCGUUUUCUCGAAUCUCAUCAGAAUGUCGAAGCUGUCAAGCUCAGAAGAAGCUUUGAAGGCAGUCAUAGCCACUCUGAUGAUGGAAACUCGCCUUCGGGGCUACCCCCCGAAGGUCUCUCUCGGGGACCUGGCGCGGUUUGCCAGGGUGUCUGGUGCGGUCCAGCACGUACAUAACUACCUAUGGAAGCUGGACACUUUCAAUUAUGUUGCACCUAUCAGCAUAGAAGCAUACGUGGCGCUAGCCGGCCUAUGCACGGCAGACAUCGAUAACUGCCGCACCGCCGCUAGGAAUGGCACGAUCCACUUCCCAGCAACCAGAGCAGGUCUCGACGCCGAUUUUCUCCCGAUAUCCGAAAUGGAGAAAGGAAAGUGCCCCAAGAAGCCGCCGCUACUUCAGAAGGGCAUCCCCAAGUUCCCGAUCGAUCUUCCCGAGCUGAAGAAGCUGUGGAACGCAAGAAGACCCUACUUGAAGUGCAAUUGUCAGGAAUGCGAGAAGAGCUUCACCUGGUUUGACCACAUGCUGUGGCACAACGACUCCAGAUCAUGGAAGACGGAAGACUUGGCUGGAGAUCUAUAAGAGAUCCGGAAAAACACGUCAUCCCCUGCCACUACGCCAAUCGGCUUAUGGAACG